UUCACAGUCCAAACCGAGAACAACAACACCAACAAACAAACACAAUGAUAGACUUUCAACCAUAAUUUCUUGACGUUCACGUAUCACCGAGUGUCUCACAUUGAUUAUAAGUCUUAAUUAGACGGCGACAUGAUUGGGCUGACUGUCACGAGGAGCAAGAUUUUGGCGAGAGUUUCCGUCUUGCAGAACAUCCUAAAACGCUACAGGAAAAGGAAUCGAGAGCCAAAGGUGACAAAUUCCCAGCGAGCGUUGGAAUACUUCGACAUUGCUUAUGCACCUGUUUACGGCACACGUUGGCCCUCAGUAAGGCUAGCUCUCCUCUCCAAGCCAAAAUAUGUUGCCGUGCUCAAUAACUUUGCUAGUUAUGAUGAGACGAUUAAAAGGUUUCAGACCCUUGGGGCCUGGGACAUCGGAAAAAAGUACUCAGCCAUAAGGGAAAGAAUAAGAAUGAGACAAGAACAAAAGCAAACAGUUUCCAACGACCGAGAAGGAGGAACGGAUGAAGCAACAGCUACGGGGAAGUUUGUGAGACCAUCGCUCGUUGAGCUUGAUGAUGAUGAGCUGGCAGCCAGGGCUAGGUUAGAGCCCAAAGGACGUUACCCAGAGGAGUACAGACAACGUGCAGCGGCCCAGAGUCCAGACAUGGAGGAAGUGGAUGUAACAAGUCGAGUGAUAGAGCCCUCAGAAGCGGGAAGUAGCCUGUUGGUGGACUAUGUACCUGCUACUAGGUUGAAGGGCUUGGAGAAUUGGAUGGAAGAAGCUGAUGUUUUCACAAAUGCUAGUCAGGAUGAUCAGGAAAUAGGUGUCACGGUUGUAAAGCAAGAAGAACCCGUUGAUUUCCCUGAAAUGCUGAAGAUAUUUGCGUUCGAGAAAGGGAACAUCUCAGAUUUUCCGCAGCCCAGGUCUGACCCGCAGCUGAGAGUCUUGGACCAUUAUGCAAUGGACGGGGCCUCACUACUACCAGUCCUGGCUCUGGACGUUAACCCAGGGGAUCGGGUUCUUGAUAUGUGCGCCGCUCCUGGUGGAAAAUCACUGCUGGUGCUCCAGACCCUCUUGCCAGGGUUGUUGGUCAGUAAUGAUGUGUCAGAAAGUCGUGUUAAAAGAAUCAGAAAUAUCUUGAAGCAGUAUGUUCCUAGAGGCAUGUCUACUAUUGAGAAUAUGACAGUUGUAACACAGAAAAACGGGUGUAUAUUUAGAGAAGCUGAGGAAUACGACAAGGUUUUAGUAGAUGUGCCUUGUUUGACGGACAGACAUUCUCUUAUGGAGGAUGAUAACAGCUUAUUUAAGACAAGCCGAACUAAGGAGAGACUUAAACUGCCAGAACUUCAGAGCCAGUUGCUUGUGUCAGCAUUACAAGCGGUUCGUCCAGGUGGGACUGUAGUCUACUCCACCUGCACAUUAUCACCGUUACAAAAUGAUGGUGUCAUACAUUUAGCGCUUUCUAGGAUAUGGCAAGAGACUACCAUUGAAUGUUCUAUUGUGUAA